AAUAAACAUAUACAACAGCCAUGAAAUAAACAAUCACUAUGGCCAAAGACGAUGCCUAGAAGCGUGGCAUAUAAAUAUGAGCAAUCAUGCUUUGAAUAGGGAUGACGGACCCUACUUGCCACAGGAAUACAUGCAUCUUACUGACAGAUGACGUCAUCCCUUGGGUAUUUAAGAAGCCACAUUGCAACUUUAGAUCACCCCUGAUGAAGACACUAGACUGAAGUUUUGAAACGUUUGGUUUUGCUUACAAUUCGACAGGCUUUGUAUUCAUUUAUAUAAACCAGAUUAGCGAACGUAUACAUGUUCUUAAAUAGUCCAAUCUUUCUUUCAAUUUAGUUGUAUCCAUCCUAAUCAUACGUAGGAGACUGUCUUUCAAAGAAAAUCUGAAAAUAAAAAAUCAGGUGCGUAUAACCCUAUUGUCUAGAAACAUUUGCAAGGAAGACGCUUGCCAACCAAGUUGAAUUGAAACAAUGAGCAAAACAGAAGUAUAGAUAACAAAUAAUAUUUUACUGUUACGCUAAUUAAGUAUUUUAGUAUGUGUUGUGUACGUACAUCAGCGGUAUUUUAGGGACCAGCGCAUGGGCAAGUUACGGCGAAAGGCAAGCUGAUAUUUCAUUUGCUAAUCCAAUGCUUAUACCACUGGAGUAACGAGUACAUGUCGGAUCUGCAACACCAUCAUCACAUUAGCGUUCUUGCAUGCCGGCAUUUCAUAUCAAAUUUCGAGAAGCCAUAGAAAGUAAUGCAUUUUGUAUUAUGAUUCAUACAGCUCCCUAGCCUGUUCAUGUAGAAAAAGUGCUUAAACUUCUUCGGCGACCAAAUAACGCAAUAAACAAUGGCGUAGCCAUUUCUUACUUCGACAAUCAAUUACAAUGUUUCUUUGCUAUUCCAAGUUUUGCGUCUCGUAUUUAUACUAGCUGAAUUAAGACAUCUGCUAAGUAAUUCAUAUACACCUUUGACCAAACUUUUGUGAUCAAUAAUUAUGCCCGAAACGCUUGACAUAUACCCAUUCAAGAAAAGAUUAUUCGUUAAAUUCAUAUUUCGUUAAUUAUAUACUUCAACUAUUAUGGGAGAAGUGAAUAAAGUCCAAUCUACCCGUUUUCUGUAUUUUCUUGUGUUCUCAUCAAGAAUGAGUAAUUGGGCAUAUUUCUGUUUUACAUAACGAAAUUCAAAUUAUUUGCGCCAUUUUUCGUUGCAGGCGUUUAAUAUUUAAACUUUUAAAUAACCAUUUUUUUUAAUUUUCAUCAAUUUAUUUGAAGAUUAUCAUUGCAAUUUCAUAAACAAGACUUAUAUAUAGAGAACCUUUCCAUUAUCCUAUUAUUUCUUUUUACUGGUAUAGAUGACAGGAGAAUCUCGCAUUCGUCACCACAAUUUAGGUGACGAUGCUGUAGGUUAUGCUUUCCACAAUGCUAUUUAUGACGACGCUAGUGAGAAGAAAAAAACUGAGAAUAUGGAUGAUGUUCGUCUCUCAUCUUCCGUUGAGUUGAAGAACGCCCAAAGUGAUGUGGUCAAUGUGAAGCCAACUGAGACAACAUCGGCAUUUGAAAAUCCAGCUUUUGAAGAAAUGUCUGCUUGCUGAAUAAAAUUCUGAUCUUACUUAUUUAACUCGUGUAUUGGAAUAUUGGCAAUGAUAGUAUAAUGAUUUUAAUAAUAAUGAUCAUAAUGAUGAUAAUAAUAAUGUGUGGAUACAGAUAUGUACCCAGGUCUAAAGCUUGAUUUUUAGAGACAUUGAUUAUUUGAAUGGGGAUUUGAUAUAUACUCGAUAACACCAUUAACUUAUAUAGAUAUUCAUAGUCUGUGAAGAUAUGAUGGUCUGGAAUCCCGGAAAACUAUAAACCACAAAAUAGAAGACCUUUGUUUGAUGUUGAAAUGUACCUCGCCGUGCACAGAUCUUUUGACUCAAUUUCAUUAAAUAUUAUUAAUCGUGGCUGCACGUUUAAUCUCAACUAUCCCUAUUGGGCAAUUACUUAAUUAUAUGAUUAAUUAUACGAGUCCAAUCACGGUGACCGUACGUGCAUAAAUUAACAUACAUUCAAACAAAAAAUAUAACGAACACUUCUGUUUAGUUUCCAGACAAUCUUCUGAUAUGCAAUGAUAUAUUCGAUUGCACCAUGCAUAAUGGUUUACAGCUAUUUCAAUUAAGGUUGUCCCCGAGCAAAGCGAAAAAGUCGAAUACGAGCGCGAAAGGCUGCUGGGAAUCGCUAAUAAAUUCAGUUAAUUUUUUAGCCAUUCCCAGCAACCUUUCGCGCUCGUAUUCAACUUUUUCCGCUUUGUUCGGGGAUAAUCUUAAUUGAAAUAGCUGCAUACCAUCGUGUUAGUACUAUUGUACCCUAUUGCAGCAGCAUUUUACUUAUUUAUACUCGAUAGCACCAUAAUACAGUAUACUAUCUUGCUAUAGUAACGAUUGAAGAACAAACAGGAAGAUAUAAUUUGUUAUAAAUUACCGUGCACAUACUGUAAGGUGCAUGCAUUGACUUGUAUCACAUAACUCGGUAAAUUAAUCUGCUUAUGUAUUACUUUGGUUAUAUUUCCUGAAUUAAAU